AUGGCAUUGAGAACACCAGCAAAAUGCAUUGAGAACAAUGGUUAUUCAUGGCAGAAUGUCCAUCCAGAUCUCAUGGUGACCCCUUUCGAUGUCCUACCUAGGCAUGAGAUAUCAACCUUUGUUUCUGGAUUGGUCUGCAUAUCUCCUCUUGUAGCACAGUUCAGGGCACACACUAUGUUUAACUUAGCUGGAGGCAGUGCCAGCACCGCAAAGGGACGAGUCUUUGAAUUCAUUAUGUAUGCUAAGGAACUACUUAAUUGUCUGUUAAUGUCUGCAAGGUCAAACCAAACGUAG